AUGGAUAGCAAACGUUUAAUUCAUCGAUUCUAUGAUUAUUUAUACAAUUACAAUUUAUUUAUACCUGAAAAUCUGUCCGAUGGUGAUAAUACUGAUACUGAACAUGAAGAAUCAUCAAUGACCUUAAAACAACAGAAAUAUUCGACUUGGUUGUAUAUCUUUUUACUCAUUGUUUGUCUGUAUACUCUUUUCUCAAUCGCUUUAAUCAACCUGCAAAUUCGAACAACUAUUGAUUCUAAUAUAAAUCCUUCUCGUUUCGAUGAACUUUAUCAUGAUAACAAGCAAACAUUAUUAUGUCCCUGCACUAAAGCUGCAAUACCUCUUAAAAGCUUUGUGAAAAAUACUGUUCAAUUUCAUCCUGUUUGCUCCAGUAUUUUUGUUAGUAAAGAAUGGAUUGAUGCAUUAUAUUCUCCAAUGGCAAGUAGAUACACACCAAGUCAAUUUGAAAAAACAGCUAGUUAUCAAUUUCAAAUGCUAUCGGAUUUAUGUUCACUCUCUCGAAAUCGAUCUUAUCAAACUCUGCUCGACAUUGAUAGCCAUGAAUUCGCUACGGUUCAUGUUCAUACAGAAGAACAAGUUCGUUCGAAAAUAAUUGCUAUCAUCGAAUUUUUCAAGAAUAGUGCAUCUACACAAAUCAUUUCAUUUCUCAAUUAUUCACAAGAUGUUACUCGUGUGCCAAAUUUGAUUUCGGCUUUGAAUACAAAUGCACUAGUUGAAAUUGUAAAACGUAAUAAUAUGUACGAUCCAGUACUGAAAUACACAUAUAUUGAUGCUGUACUUGGGAUGAGACCUAUUAGAUACUUUUGUAGCAAAGACAAGAUACAGAAACUAACCAUUCUUUAUGCCAACAAUAUCACCAGUGAUCCAUCUGCGAAAGAUCGACAAACUUGGUCAAAUCGUUAUAUAUCAAAGAGUGACGUUCUCGGCUUUUAUUCAGGUUGUUUUGUGUUUGAAGCUAUCUCUCGAAGCACGCUGACAUGUUUGUAUAAUCAAAUUUGUUUGGAAUAUCUAUUCAGACAUUCUCCUGACCUUAAAAAGGUUAGCUCAAAUUGGACCGAACAUAUUCUAUAUUCGAAUGCAACACUUGUUUCUGUAAAGAAUCAUUUAAAUGAUCUUUUUAUAUAUAAUUGGUCAACGAAAAUCAAUUAUCUCGAUUAUUUUCAUAAAUGUGCUCCUUCAUUUUGUACAUUUACUAAAACAAACCAGAAAACUCUGUCUGAUGCAAUUGCGUUGUUUAUUAGUCUCUACGGCGGUCUUAUUAUUAUACUUCGUUUAAUUACCAAAUUCUUAGUCAAUAUUGUACUGAAUUUUUGCCACCGCUCCAAAUGUAUGAGCAAUAGUUCUGGGGCUCCAAGUACAAUUAAACAAAAACUGAUUCGAUCAAUAAAAUCAUCAAAUAUGUUCAAAAAUAGUAAAGAACGGACAGAAAACGAUAUUAAACAACAACAGAUCAUGACAUAUGUUCGUGUGAUUCUAAUAGCAGCUACAUUAAUAAUUAUUUUUCUUUUCAAUUGCCUUCAUACUGGAAUAAUGAUUAUAAAUGAAGAGAAACCAUCGUUAAUCAAAUACAGUGAAUUACAUAAAACAUAUUCUGAAUCGUUAAAAUGCCCUUGUUCUACUAUGGUGACGCCAUAUGCAGAAUUAAUCUCGUUGACACCAACUUAUCAUCAAGUAUGUUCAAGUGAUUUUGUUGAUGAACGAUGGCUCAAAGUAUUGAAAGCAUCGAAACAUCCAUAUGUUUCUAUAGAUGGUCGUAAUAUCUUAUUUGUACAAUUUAACCUCUUGUCAACUCUUUGUAAAUUAGCUGAUGAAUACAUUAACGGCACUAUUAAUCAAUUUAUGAUGCAAUCUCUUCUAACAUCAAAUGUACUUACUGAAAAGACAUUCAAAAUACAAUUAAAUACAACACUGAACCAAUUUUUUCAAUCAACAAAAUUAUCUUUUAGUCGCUUUAUCCGCACCGAAUACCUCAUUCUCGAUGUAAACCAGCCUUAUACAUUGUCGAACGAUGAUAUAAUUGAUUCAUUUCAUCCAAAAUUAGUUGCAACUAUGGUUGAAUCAAAUCGUAGUAAAUCUUUGAAAUUAACAUUUCGUUUCUCCAAAUCUAACAAUAAUAAUUCAACAUCGUCUAGCUGCAUUUGUGCUAUUCAUUCUCAUUGUGAAAACUUAAUUCCAAUGUACGAUUAUAGUCCCAUUUCAAAGAGCACUUCAAAUUUUACAUUUUCUUAUUGGUUGCCGGGUUGGAAACGCGGUUGUUCUACUAUGGAUUCUCUUGUAUUAACAGAUCUUCAAUGUUUAUAUUCUCAUACAGAUUGUUUACAACGUUUAAUACUCAGUAUUAAAGCAACAUUUAUGGAGUUAUCUUCUAACACAAGAUAUUGGUUCGAACCACAUUCUCUUAUUUACAACUCAACAAAGAAUCGUUUUCAUCCCAACACAUCCAUUGAAGUAAUACUUGGAAACAUAAUGCUCGAAGAUUGGAAUGCAUCUGUUUCAUACGAGAAUUUUUACAAAAGUUGCUCACCAAUUUCUUGUACUUAUCUCAAACACCGAGUUCGUACAAAAACUAUUUUCCAAGCUACAAUAACGUUAAUAUCACUAAUCAGCGCCGUUGCAACGUCAAUAUAUUUUAUCAUAAAAUUUCUGGCUAAAUUGAUCAUCUAUUUAUGGAAGCGAUAUACAAAGAAACAAACAGAUAAACAAAAUGCAAUUCAACUAAAAUUAUUCGAUCGAUUAAAAUUAAUUAUUUUAAAGUCGAUAAAUUCUUUAUAUAAAACAUUAAUUAAUUUAAAUAUAUUUCUUCGUCGAGAUUUUAGUAGUGAUACUAAUCUGGAAGAAGCGAAAUAUCUUGGUCAAUGGUCUACUCGUCUUUAUAUUUUACUAUUUAUUCUAUGCAAUCUUAUUUUUAUUCUUUAUACUGUUGUUCAAUCCGAACCAAUAACAAAAUUAUUUGAUCAACCUCCAUCAUUCGAUCGAUACAAUCAUCUUCGAGGGGUUUAUGGUGAAAAACUCAAAUGUCCAUGUUCAAACAUUGCAUCAAAAUAUGAAACAUUUCUGCAAAUUCAACCAAAGUAUCAUCCGAUUUGUUCAAGUUCAUUUGUUUCGAAUGAAUGGCGAAUUAAUCUAACAAUUCAUCUGAUUUCUGAUUUAUUUAUUUACGAGAAAAAUGAUUAUCGUCUUUUUCUUGUUGCACAUUUAAAAUAUUUAAAAGGUUUAUGUUCAAAUUCGAUUGAAAUUGUUGAAAAUACGAUUAAUGAAUUAAAUUCAUCAUUAUUAAUAACGAAUGAAAUUUUAUUAGAAAAAGAAUUUCAUAAACAGAUCAAUUCCAUUAUUGAACAAACAAAAUCCAAUGCUCCAUUAACAUAUCUCACUUUUCUUUCAUUAAUUCGACUCUUUUAUCAUAACAAUGCUUAUAUAUCGAAAUAUCAAACAAAUCAUCAAUAUAUUGUUCCUUGGAAUAAUUUCCAUGAUGUUUUUGCUCCAACUGAACCUGUUAUAUAUGAAAAUAAUUGUACUUGUGGAUUAAAUUUGGAUUGUGUAACUCAAGCGGGAUUUUAUGAUGAAAAUUUGACAAAGUUUAUUCCAAUCAAAGGAAUCAAAAUGGGAUGUUUACCAAGUGAAUCAUUUCGUUUGUCAACUUUAGAAUGUUUUUAUGACGAAAAAUGUUUAAAUUCUCUUCAUCAAAUGACCAAUACUUCUCAUUUUCUCAUUCCACUUUCAUUACCAAUGAAUAAAUCUUGGAUUCAUCAAACCAUUGAUGAAUUAAUUCAUAAUUUAUUCAUUGAAACAUGGUCAAUCAAUCUAAGUUAUUCUUCAUAUUUUCAUCAAUGUUUUCCAUCCUCAUGUUCUUACAUUUACAGUGAAUCAUUUAAUAUUCGUUAUAUAAUUACAUUUUUACUUGGUUUACAAGGCGGUUUAACAAUUGUUCUUCGAUGGAUUUGUCCAAAAAUAAUUCAAAUUCUCUUUGAAAUCCAUCGAUAUCGAAAAAAACGAUCAAAUCUUAUACAUACAAUUACAAUGCACAAUAAUUCGAUAGUCGAAACAACGUUAACAAAUCAAAGACAUGAGGAACAAUUCAUUCGAACAUUUAAAUAUUCUUUCAAAUUUCUCAAUGUUUGUAUUUUAUAUACAGUUUUGAUUAUAUUUUUGAUUGUAUUUUAUAUCUUUAUUUUAUCAAAAGAUUAUUCAACAAGUACAACAAUUAAUAAUCAAACAACAACAACAGAAGAAUUAACAGCAAUGACAGCAAUAACAACAAGUACAACUCCAGAAAUAAUACAAUGUGAACCAUCAUUUGAAACGAAACGAAUAGAGGUACCUGGUUGUUCAUUAAUGCGUUCAAAAUUAAUUGGAGAUUUUAAUAAUGAUCAUCGGGACGAUUUUGCAUAUUUUUGUGAUAAUACUUCAGCUAUUCACAUACUCCUUGGAGAUCCAAAUGAUGUCUUUCGAAUAGGAAACAUUUUUAAAAUUCCAGAUAAUCGUAUAUUGUAUGAAACGGUUACUGGUGACAUUAACAAUGAUAAUAAACUUGAUCUGAUUUGUUUACAUACAAUUCAUGAAGAUGAACUGACCAUCUUAUAUGGUGAUUCUAAUGCAACUUUCAUUUAUACAACCAUUUCAAUAGAUAAUAUCAGAGAUUUUGUACUAUUUGAUAUGAAUUAUGACAACUAUUUGGAUCUCGUGGGUAUAUCUUAUGCUGAAUCUUCUAUUGUAAUAUAUCUCGGAAAUGGUCAAGGAGGAUUUGUAAGAUCCACGACGUUACCUAUGAAAUAUCGCGUAUAUGAUGGAUCACUUACGGUCGAUGACUUGAAUCAUGAUAAUUAUUUAGAUAUAGUGGUUACUUUUGGAAAUUCUCACGAGAUUCUCAUUUAUCUUGGCUCUCAUAAUGGUACUUUUGAAAAGUAUAAAGAGAUUCGUUUAGGAUUUGAAGCGAGAGUGUAUGGUCUACAUCUCGUGAAUUUGAACAAUGAUGCACAUUUAGAUAUUCUUUUUUCUUAUAAUGACAAAACAUUUGUCAAAAUGUUUGGGUAUGGAAAUGGAGAUUUUAGUCCAAUGGAAAAAUUUACCAUCGGUGAUUUCAGAAGUAUUGCUCCCGCUGCUGUUAAUGAUAUGAAUUGUGACGAAUAUUCGGAUAUUAUCAUUGCUCUUCAAGAUCCACCUUAUAUAGGAAUAUCUCUCGGAACAAGAAAUGCCAAUUAUCAUAUUAAAUCAAUAAAUGAUCCUUCAAUUUCUGAAUAUUGGAAAGAAACUCCUAAAAUUAUGAUUCAUGAUUUGAACAAAGAUCAUUUUCAAGAUAUUUUAGCUUUCCACAAUUAUUAUUCGAACAGUAUUUUCAUAUUCUUAAACACAUGUCAAUGUUGCUUAACUGGUGUUGUUCAUUUCAAUAAUUUAACUUCUCAUUAG